AUGCAAAACGUUAUAAAUAGCGUGAAAGGAACAGCUUUAGCUGUUGGAGAAUACUUGACUCCAGUUUUGAAGGAAUCGAAAUUCAGAGAAACUGGAGUACUUACACCUGAAGAAUUCGUUGCUGCCGGAGAACACUUAGUACAUCAUUGUCCCACCUGGCAAUGGGCAGGGGGAGACGAAUCUAAGGCCAAGCCAUAUUUACCCAAAGAUAAACAGUUCUUGAUAACCCGUAAUGUGCCAUGUUCUCGUAGAUGUGAACAAAUGGAGUAUUCCCAAGAGUUGGAAAAAGUUAUAGAGUCUGAAGAUGCUGAUAAUGGAUGGAUAGAUACCCACCAUUAUGACAAAGAAAUGACAUCCUCAGAAGAUAAAGUGUCUGAAAUGACAGAGAAUACUAAAGGUGAGAGCAUGGAAGAGGCUGCACUAAAAGAUAAUGGAGAUGAAGAGGAUGAAGAUGAUGAGGAUGAAGAGGCUGCUGAUAUGGAAGAGUUUGAAGAAAGUGGAAUGCUAGAGGAUGACCAGAUAGCAAAAGUAAUACAACCUAGUGAAUUGACCAAAAGUAGUGAAGAAGGUGGAGAAAUUUUACAUACAAGAACCUAUGAUUUGCACAUUACUUAUGAUAAAUAUUACCAAACUCCAAGGUUAUGGUUAACUGGGUAUAAUGAGAAACAUGAACCAUUAACUGUUGAAGAAGCAUAUGAGGAUGUAAGUAAAGACUACAUCCAGAAAACUGUAACCAUGGAGACACAUCCUCAUCUAAGUGUACCAAAAAUGGCCUCAGUCCAUCCUUGCAGACAUGCUGAAGUGAUGAAAAGCAUCAUUGAGACUGUGAUGGAAGGUGGUGGAGAAUUAGGUGUCCACAUGUACCUUAUAAUAUUUUUAAAAUUUAUGCAAUCUGUAAUUCCAACAAUUGAAUAUGAUUAUACUCAGAACUUCACUAUGUAA